GAGAUGUCUGUCUCGAGACUCGAGAGAGAGAGAGAGAGAGUCUCGAGCCAAACACAGAGCGAGCAGUAGGUAGCCUGCACAAGUGCAGUUGGUCCGCGCGUGGUGGACGCGUUCCCGGAAACCUGCGAUAUUCAUUUUCGUCGCCCCGCGCCUGCGAGUUGAGAUAAACAGUGCACUGGCUUGAUACACACAAGUGCUCGUGGGAAAGCGUGCGCGAUAUCGCGAGUUUCAAGAGUAUAAAAAGUGCAAGAGAAAGAGAGUGAGACAUGACGCGCUGCGUGGCUCGUCGCCUAGGCUGCGACUGUUAGAGCUAGCGUGUAUAAUAGAAGCCGAGAAGAAGAAGAAGAAGAAGAAGAAGAAGAAGAAGAAGAGUCGAAGAUGCGGUGGUGCAGGACGAGUUAGCGAGAGCUUCCCCGCAAGAGUUUCCCCCCCGUGGAGAUGGCGAGAUUUCAAGCCUUCCUCCUCGGCACCGCCUGUCUGCUCUGCUGUUUCGCCGCCGAUCUAACUCAUGGCUCGCCGAGGCUGCUGUUCGCGACGAACAAGGACAUCCGGGUGGCGAACGUCUCGCGGGCCAACAAGCUCGUGGGGACGAUAGUUAAGGAGCUGCCGGAGGGCACGACUCUGGACUUCUAUUACGAGCGGAAUCUGGUCUGCUGGAGCAACAACGCCAUCGAGACCAUCCAGUGCGUGCGGAGCAAUGGCAGCUACACUCACGAGCCCAUCACCGUCGUCAACUCGAGCCUCAUCUCACCGGAUGGUCUCGCCUGUGACUGGUACACCGGCAAGCUCUACUGGACCGACGGCGAGAAGAACAGGAUCGAGGUGACCAGCAUCGAGGGUAGCAUACGCAAGGUUCUCUUCUGGACGGAGAUCUAUCAGCCCAGGGCGAUCGCCCUCGUGCCGCAGGCGAGCAUAUUCUUCUGGACCGACUGGGGAGAGCUGCCGAAGAUCGAGCGAGCCGCCAUGAACGGAGAUCCCUCCACGAGGAGCGUACUCGUGUCCGAGGACAUAUUCUGGCCGAACGGGCUCACGGUCGACUACGACAACGAGCUGGUUUACUGGGUCGACGGUCGUUACAAGUUCAUCGCUGUCAUGGAUUACAACGGCAGGAACAGACGCAAGAUACUGACCGAGGGCCUCGAGUAUCCCUUUGCCAUCAGUUACUUCGACCAGCGGCUCUACUGGACCGACUGGCGAACCUGGUGCAUACACAGCCUCGAACUCUCCCGCAAUGCCGCUGGCGUCCAGCAGAAGCCUCGGGAGUUGUUGCACGGCGAGUACAUACCCGGCGACAUCGAGGUCUGGGAGCCGAGCAGACAGCCACCGCCGAAACCCGGUGCCAAUCCCUGCGGCGUCAACAACGCCAACUGUUCGCACCUCUGUCUGCUGAGCACCAAGCCACCGGGCUACAGUUGCGCCUGUCCCACCGGAGUCAAGCUCUUGGAGGAUCGACACAGUUGCGCGUCGGGCCCCCAGGAGCUCCUGCUCAUCGUGCAGCGCAACGAGAUCAGCACCAUCAGCCUCGAUUCCCCCGACUACACCAACUUUGUCUUGCCGCUCCAGGGUAUCAAACACGCGAUCGCCAUCGACUGGGAUCCCAUCGACGAGAUGCUCUACUGGACCGACGAGCAGGCGCACGUCAUUCGUAGAGCCUACCUGAACGGUUCGGGUCAGCAGGACAUCCUCACGACCGAGAUCAAAAGCGCCGAUGGUAUCGCAGUGGAUUGGAUCGCGCGAAAUUUGUACUGGACCGAUACUGGCAUAGAUCGAAUUCAGGUGUCUCGACUUGAUGGGUCUUACCGCAAGGUCCUCAUCCACGAGGAUUUGGGUGAGCCGCGAGCCAUAUCUCUUGGCCUGGAGCUCGGCUGGAUGUUCUGGACCGACUGGGAUGAAAAACGGCCGAAGAUCGAGCGCAGCAAUCUGGACGGAACUGAACGAACCAUCAUCGUGAGUAAGGACAUUACCUGGCCCAACGGAAUAGCCUUGGAUCUGGAGCGAAAGAAGGUUUACUGGUGCGACGCAAAGACCGACAAGAUCGAGGUCUGUAACAUGGACGGCAGCGAGCGUCGCGAGGUCAUCACCGACAACUUGCCUCAUCUCUUUGGGUUCAGUCUGCUCGGCGAUUUCCUCUAUUGGACUGACUGGCAGAGGCGCAGCAUCGACCGGGCUCACAAGCUCACCGGAGAUCAACGCGAAAUCAUCGUCGAACAGUUUGCCAACGUCAUGGGCCUCAAGGCCGUUCAUCGGGGGAAGCCAAACGGUACCAACCCUUGUGCUCAUGCCAACGGCGGCUGCACCCAGUUGUGCCUCAAUCGACCACAGAACAAGUACGUUUGCGCCUGUCAGAUCGGCUACGAACUCGCCAACGAUAUGAGGACUUGCCUCGUACCCGAGUCCUUUUUGCUAUUCACGAGAAAAGACAAGAUUGGCAGGACCAGCAUCGAGAAUGCCAAUAACGACAACAUCAUUCCCAUCACUGGCAUCAAGGACGCAAGUGCUCUAGAUUUCGAUUUGGCCGACAAUCGCAUAUACUGGACAGACGUCAAACUGAAAAUCAUAAUACGUGCCUUUAUGAAUGGAUCGGAGGUUGAAAAAGUAGUGGAUCUUGGCCUAGAGACGCCUGACGGUUUAGCGGUUGAUUGGAUCGCGCACAAUUUAUAUUGGAGUGACACGGGUACACGCCGAAUCGAACUUAUCCAUCUCAACGGUUACAGCAGGAGAGUUAUCAUUUGGCAAAAUCUCAUUGAACCCCGAUGCCUCGCUCUUGAUCCGGAAAGAGGUUUCAUCUACUGGACGGAAUGGGCAAACACCGGUAGCAUUGAACGAGCUUGGUUGGAUGGCACCGACCGUCAAGUUAUUAUAUCUGGCAUUGGUCGUACGAAUGGAUUAACGAUAGAUCACGCAGCGCAUCGACUUUACUGGGCUGACCUGUUUACACCAGCUAUCGACAGUUACGAUUUGACGACGGGAAAACGCAAGGAAAUCAUCACCCAAAAAAUCGGUUAUCCAUUCAGUAUUACCCAGUAUCAAGAUUACAUUUACUGGACAGACUGGAAUACCGGCGACAUCGAACGGGCCAACAAGACGACUGGUGGUAACCGAACGGAGAUUCACGAUAACUUAGAAUCUGUCACGGACUUGUUGGUAGUUCACAAGUCCAGGCAACCUGGCUGGAACACGUGCGCCAUUAACAACGGAGAAUGUAGUCAUCUGUGCAUAGCUUUGCCUGGUUCUACCGGCGGACUAUCGACAAAUCACAAAUGCGCCUGCCCUACGCAUUACACUCUUUCUGCCGAUAACAGAACUUGUCUGGGGCCAAAAAACUUCAUGGUGUAUAGCUACCGCAACGUGAUGGGCAGAUUUUUACCUGAUAGCAACCACGACUGUCCUGACACGUCUCUGCGUGUACAGGGUUUGAAGAACGUGCGAGCAAUCGAGUUCGAUCCGAUAACCCAGUACAUUUACUGGAUUCGCACUGGUGACGGGCGCAGUUCCUCGAUUCGAAAAGCUUUGGAAAAUCGGACGCAUGCGGUUCUCGUCUUACCUGGUGGUAGCGGUCACCCCUUCGACCUGGCACUCGAUCCCCUCGGUCGACUGCUUUUCUGGUCUUGCUCGCAGAACGACGCCAUCAACGUUACCAGGCUUGAUAGUGAUUCGAGCCUGGGUGUAGUUGUUAAGGGCGAGGGUGAAAAGCCUAGAAAUAUCGCAGUGCAUCCGGAAAAGAGGCUGCUCUUCUGGACAGAUGUGGGAGAAAAAAUGCGUGUCAUGCAGAGUCUGAUGGAUGGCAAGGAGAGGAUUGUCAUAGCCUCAGAUCUUGAGUCGCCGUCGAGUCUCGCAGUCGAUACCGCUGCAAACCUCAUCUUCUGGGCUCAUGGUCGACAAAUCGAAUACGCUGAGAUCGGUGGUGGUAACCGGCGCGUUCUUAUUGCUGGGCUGCAAGGCUCUGUUCUUCAUCUCUCUGUACUCUUCGAGUAUCUCUACUGGUUUGAUCGUGACAGCCAGAUAGUAGAGAGGGUCGAAAAACGAUCGGGCGCUAGCAGAAAGACGAUGAUGAGCAACCGACCACUGACUGAUCUGGUAUCGGUGCACACGCCUAGCGACCUCGCAAUGGAGGACAAUCUUUGUAGCCCUUUGCACGAGUACGGUGGCUGUUCACACAUUUGUCUCGGCUCUCGGUGCUCCUGUCCCCAAUCACUUGUUCUCGCGGACGACGGAAAGAACUGCCGAGUGGCACCAAGCUGUGGCCCCGAACAUUUCACCUGUCUCACCUCCAAAUCGACAGAUUCCAAGGACUGUAUACCUGGUAGUUGGAAGUGCGAUGGCCAACGUGACUGUGCAGACGGUAGCGAUGAACUCGGCUGUCCUCCGUGCAAUCGAGAACUCUAUUUCGAGUGUCACAAUGGUCAAUGCAUCGAAAAUGCAUGGGUCUGCGACGGUAGGAGACAGUGCAGCGCUGGCGAGGACGAGGUCAAUUGCUGUCGCGCCGGACAGUUUCGCUGCGUGAGCUCUGGCGUAUGUAUCCCCGCGACGGCGCUCUGCGAUGGUUGGGAAAAUUGUGCUGAUGGCAGUGACGAGUCUGCGCCCGCCUGCGCGUCGGUCAACAAUCACCGACAAGCAGCUGAACCUACCCUCGAAUCUGGCAAAAGCACCUACGUUGUUUCCGUGCUUCUUGUCAUAGCCGGCACCGGUUUUGCCAUUCUUGGCUUCUACUAUUGUCGACGACGACUCGCGGCUAAUGCAGCAGGAGGUGCUGGCGCUGGUAGCGAAGAGUUACCAGACAUUCUGCACGAUUCGGCCGGCGAUCCACUUUCUCCCAAGAGCUGCAGGACAGCUAAACCGAUGCUAAACAGCUAUAAAAACGGCAGGAAGGAGCAACUCAAGCCAGGCAUGGCAGUCAGGAUGUCUACCCUCAAUGGCAGUAGUAUAAGCUCCAGUUACGACCGCAGUCACAUAACAGGUUUUUCCUACUGCGCAUCGAGUUCAACCCAUGAUAGCUCGGCUGGGGGCUAUCCUCAAGAGACCCUCAACCCGCCGCCGAGUCCUGCGACCACUGCCAAUUCCACGCGUUGUUCCAGUAGUAACGCUUCGCGGUACAGGCCUUACCGAAACUAUCGGAGCAUUAACCAGCCACCCCCGCCAACGCCUUGCAGCACCGACGUUUGCGACGAAUCCGACAGCAACUACCCGGCUAUGCCGCGCUUCAGGUACGGUCAUGCCGGGGAGCCCUUUCCGCCACCACCGACCCCGAGGUCGGUAUACCAAAGCGACACGGCCAUCAGCUGCCCGCCCUCGCCGAGUUCGAGGUCCUCGACCUACUUCAGUCCCUUACCGCCGCCUCCAUCGCCUGUACCUUGAAUCACCCUUUGCCUCGUCCGAUCAUUCUUCCUAAAAAACCUUCUUCGUGUCAUCUGUCAUUCUCAAAUUUUAUCAUACAUACCUUACCCAAUAACUCUCAUACUUCAUCAACAUAAUCUGACGAUGCGGAUAAUUUGUACAAAGCUCAAAAUGCCAUUGUGCCUAUGAUCAUGAUAUUUCCGUGAUCUCUUGUACAUAAAGAUAUGUGACUGUGCAAUUUUUCGACAGAAGAGUUUGACGAUUAUGUAGAAGCGUAUGAAGAAAUAUCUUCUACGCCGAUCAAGUGUUAUGUUAAUUCGAUCCAAAAUUUACUUUUUAUUGCAAUUGUCAAUAUUAGAGGUUUUCGAAUUUAAAAAUCUUAUACCUUAUUUAAGCAAAAAAUGUUUUCUUGGACAUCUAAAUGUUUUAAAACAAAGCACGCAUCACUUGGUUUCUUUACACUCUGUUACUGUCAUUAAUUUUAUUUAUUCCUUAUAAUUUAAUUUUAUGCAAGUUUUUACGUUCCUUAUUUUAUUAUUAUAUUUUCUUUUUUUUUUUUAAUUCUUAAUUGUGUUUAUGUUUUUUGCAAAAAAGUUGCAAAAGUUGGAACGUUGGAACACACAAGUUUAAUAUUUACUGGUUAUUUGCAUACAAGGUUUGUGUGCAAAAUAAUAACUAUUGAAAUUUUAGCGUAUCAGUACGCUUAUGAUCGUUUGUUUUAUAUAAAAUCCAAAAUUUUUUCAUUGAAAUGAUGAAUGUGAUACCACAAAAGCAUGAAUAUACACGCAUAUAUAAUAAUAAAUAUAAUGCGCACACUAUAAAUGAUCUAAUAAUGCAAACUUAACGAAUGUAUAUACAGUUUUCCUUUGUAUCCACGUGGAAUUUAUUAUAUUCAUGCUAUUGUGGAACCUCAAUGUUAAAAUAUUAGUUGUACGAUUUCGACUAAACCAUCUUUUAGUCGCAUUUUGUAAAUUUACAAGUAAUUUAAGAUUUUGAUACGAAUAAUUCUAUAAUACAUGCGUUGAGAGAUUAUUUGAUUGAUAUUAAACGAGUCAAUGUUGCUGACACAAAGGUACAUACAUGCAUUAAAAAAAGUUCAAGCCAUACUAGAAGCACUGAAAUAAUUAAAUAAUACAAUCAAACUUAAACAGUCCAUUGACUGGACGAACACUAUCUUUGAAAAUAUAAGCAUAUCAUUCCGAACCCUUUAAAAAAUCAUUCAGUAUCAUAAGCAAGCCUAAUUUUACGACAGUAUAAUUAAAGUGAUUGUUCAUCUUUGUUUUUAUUAUAUGCACGGCAAAUCGCUUGAAUUUGAAAAAUAUUCAACUGCCGUUUACGGUUAUUGUUAAAAAAAAAGAAAAAGGAUUUAUAAAAGAACGAAUGUUUUAGUGCCUAGAACAAAAAUUUGUGCAAGUACUAUUUUUGUUAAUAGUAACUUCUGUUGAGAUCCGUGUUUUUCACUUUCUAACUUAUCUUGCUAAAAAUCUGUUUUUAGCGUUGUUUGUAAUAACAGAAAAAGAAAUUAAUUUCACGAUCGAAAUGUGAAAUUUUCUUGAAAGAAUAAACUGUUCCUGUGAUGAAAAUCACGUUUGUCGUGCCAUAGCUUAGCGUUUGAAUAUGAUUGCGAUUAUUGUAAUUCUAAAAAACGUUACAACGCAUGAGCUGUUUCAGAGUUUUUGCGUAGAUGCAAGCGCUACUACCAACUGACAUCACAUUGGCAUUAAAUAAAAAAAUUCUCAGUACAGCUGUAUUACAAAACGUAUCUUUAUUUAGUAAGAUAAGACUGACUUGGACGCCUCUGAGUAUAUUUUUUUACAUUUGUAAUAAUGUAUCGUGUUAUUAUACCUUUACAUGUAAUAUAUUUGUACAGAACAGAAAUAAAAGCAUUUGUUAAAUGAUUUUAAA